AUGGACUCUCUCGCCGCCGACCCACCGCGGCGACCACUGCGCGAAUCCAUCCCACCUCUCGUCAUGGGCACGGCGACGUUCAACACGCAAUACGUGCCAGACCCCUUCGAUCUCCCUGCGCCCUCCAUCGUGUCGCGCGCCCUCGACCUGGGCGUCAACGCCUUCGAUACCUCGCCCUACUACGGCCCUUCGGAGCUGAUCCUGGGCGAUGCGCUGUCGCACCCCUCUGUCACCUCGAAGCACCAUCGAUCCUCGUACUUCCUUGUGACCAAGGCUGGGCGCAUCGCGGGCGACGAGUUCGACUAUAGUCCCGCGUGGAUCAGGUACUCGGUGUGUCGGAGCCUCGAGCGCCUACACACCCCCUACCUUGACCUUGUCUACAUGCACGACGUCGAGUUUGUAUCACCGCCCGAGGUUCUGGACGCCGUGCGUGAGCUCCGACGGCUGCGCGACGAGGGCGCCGUUCGGUAUGUGGGCAUCAGCGGAUACCCCGUCGAGAAGCUCUGCGAGCUCGCCGAGAUGAUCCAGAAGGAGACCGGCGAGCCCCUUGACGCUGCCCUGAGUUACGGUCACUUCACGAUACAGAACACGACACUGGGCGCAUCGGCUAUGCAACGAUUCGAACAGGCCGGUGUCGAUGUUGUCCUAAACGCCAGCAUGUUGGGCAUGGGACUUCUGACGACGCGGGGCGCCGAUGCGGGACCCAUGGCUACCUGGCACCCCAGCCCCGAGGGUCUACGGCAGGCGACCCAUGAUCUGGUACCCGUUGCGCAGGACGCCGAUGAAAAGCUUGAGGUCGUCGCCAUUAGAUGGUCGCUCGACAACUGGACUCGGGAUGGCGCGCCGAGAGGCAGUUGCGCAUCGAGGUUGCCGUCGGGCACGCGGGUAGGCGUCAGCGUCAUGGGCAUCUCCAACAUUGCGGAGCUGGAAGAGACGUACCGCGUCUUCAACAGUGUCAUCGAGGGCCUCGAGCCAGAAACCGCCGACACCGAACAGAUGCGCAAGAGGCAGUGGAGCCUGGACCGCCGCGCGAAGAUCCAAGGUGUCGUCGAGAAGAUGUGGGCUGUCCUCGGCGAGUGGCGAGACUACAGCUGGAGUAGUCCCGGCCUGGGAUUCGUGAAUACGCGGAAGCCUGGCGAUAUUGGCGUCACGCCCAACGACGGCAUCCUGCGGAAUUACGCUGCGAAGACCCAAGUCAGUUGCAAGAUCGAGGAGAUACCAGCAGCACUGGGAGCUUGA